AUGGAGAUCAAACUGAAUAAGCUAUGGGUUACUUUAAUCGUGGCUUCUGCGAUUGCCACAUCGGUUUUGGGGGAAUUUGGAGGACCACUGGUGAAGGGUUUCUACAAAGAGAGCUGCCCAUUAGCUGAAGAAAUCGUCAAGUAUAACGUAGAGGUUGCUCUUCUCAGAGAUCCUCGUAUGGCUGCUUCUCUUCUUCGUCUUCAGUUCCACGACUGCUUCGUCUUAGGUUGUGAUGCGUCUGUGCUCUUGGAUACACACGGAGAUAUGUUGAGUGAGAAACAAGCAACUCCCAACGUUAACUCACUGCGAGGGUUCGAAGUGAUCGAUUACAUAAAGUACCUCCUUGAAGAAGCUUGUCCUUUAACUGUCUCUUGUUCCGACAUCAUCACCAUAGCCGCACGUGACUCUGUCUUCCUGAGAGGUGGACCAUGGUGGGAAGUUUUGCUAGGGAGAAGAGACUCACUGACGGCAAGCUUCUCCGGCGCAAACCAAUUUAUUCCGGCACCAAACUCUUCCCUCGACAGCCUCAUCGUAAACUUCAAGCAACAAGGGCUCAACAUUCAGGAUCUUAUCGCACUUUCAGGCGCUCACACAAUAGGUAAAGCAAGAUGCGUGAGCUUUAAGCAACGUAUUGUUCAGCCAAACAUGGAACAAACAUUCUACGUCGAUGAGUUCAAAAGACACAGCACGUUUCGGCGAAUCUUACGGUCACAGUGCAAAGAUUCAAGCCGCGACAAUGAAUUGUCACCAUUGGAUCUACACACUCCGGCUUACUUUGAUAACCAUUAUUACAUCAAUCUUUUAAAAGGAAGAGGGUUGUUGAUUUCCGAUAACGUUCUUGUCACGGAAGAUCAUGAAGGAGAAGUAUUCAAGAAAGUUUGGGAAUAUGCGGUUGAUCAGGAUCUCUUCUUCGUGGAUUUUGUGGAAUCUAUGUUGAAAAUGGGUAAUAUUAAUGUUCUUACUGGUCUUGAAGGUGAAAUUAGAGAGAGCUGUAGAUUUAUCAAUAUAUAA